CUUUCUUCAUUGCUAAGUACAGCUCUCUCAUAUCGUACCACUACAUCUCCAUUCGAUCGUUCUUUCAACAGAUCGAUGCUCCGUUUGUUGUAGUCUUCCCACGUUUAUUUCUACCUCGUUUUCCUAGUUUUUCAUUUUGUUCAAAGAUUCUUCACCACCAGUUAUAUUAAUUCUACGAUUAUGUGUGGUAUUUUAGGUAUAGUGUUGAAUGACCAGCGCAAGAACGCUGCUCCAGAGUUGCUUGAAGGUGCAAUGUUCCUCCAACACCGUGGUCAAGAUGCUGCCGGUAUUGUCACCUGUGGUACCAGAGGUAGGUUCUACCAGUGUAAGGGUAAUGGUAUGGCUCGUGACGUCUUCACCCAGUCGAGAAUGGCCAACUUGAUGGGAAACAUGGGUAUCACCCAUUUGCGUUACCCUACUGCUGGUUCCUCGGCCGGAAGUGAGGCCCAGCCUUUCUACGUCAACUCUCCCUACGGGAUUACUUUGAGUCACAACGGUAACUUGGUCAACUCCAUCGAGUUGAGAAGACAGUUGGAUGAAGAGGUACACCGUCACAUCAACACAGACUCCGACUCUGAAUUGUUGAUAAACAUCUUUGCUGCCGAGUUGGACAAGUUCAACAAGUCCAGAGUCAACAACCGCGAUGUGUUUGCUGCUGUUGCUGCCACAAUGAACAAUAUCAGAGGUGCCUAUGCCUGUAUAGCCAUGUUGGCCGGUUAUGGGAUCAUCGGUUUCCGUGACCCCAACGGUAUCAGACCCUUGUUGUUUGGUGAAAGAACUAACAAGGACGGCACCAAGGACUAUAUGUUGGCCUCGGAAUCAGUUGUGUUGAAGGCUCAUGGUUUUGACAACUUCAGAGAUGUCAAGCCUGGUGAAGCUGUCAUCAUCCCUAAGGAUGUCUCUGGCGUCAACAAGCCGGAAGCAGAACAAGUAGUUGAGCCAAAGUUGUUUGCCCCAGAUAUCUUUGAGUACGUCUACUUCGCCAGACCUGACUCAGUCAUGGAUGGUGUAUCUGUGUACAGAUCCAGAAUCGACAUGGGUAUAAAGUUGGCUGCUAAGAUCACCAAGGAAUUGAAAGAGCUCGACAUCGACGUAGUUAUCCCUGUUCCAGACACUGCCAGAACUUCUGCAUUCCAAUGUGCCGUGUCGUUGAACAUUGAUUUCAGAGAAGGAUUCGUCAAGAACAGAUACAUUGGUAGAACCUUUAUAAUGCCAGAUCAGCAGGAAAGAAGAUCCUCGGUCAGAAGAAAGUUGAAUGCCAUGGAAUCUGAAUUCAAGGGCCGUAACGUGUUGUUGGUUGACGACUCCAUUGUCAGAGGUACCACCUCCAAGGAAAUCGUAGCCAUGGCUCGUGAAGCCGGAGCCAAGAAGGUAUAUUUUGCAUCAUGUGCUCCACCUAUCCGUUUCAACCACAUCUACGGUAUCGAUUUGGCCGACACCAAGGCUCUUGUUGGUUUCAACAGAGACGAAGACGAGAUCGCCAGGGUCAUUGGUGCAGACAAGGUCAUCUAUCAGGACUUGCAAGAUCUUAUAGACUGUUGUAAGAGCGAAACCAUCCGCAAUUUCGAAGUAGGUGUAUUUACAGGUGACUACGUCACUGGUGUAGAGGACAACUACUUGCAAGAAUUGGAGAAGAUCAGAGCACAGAACCAAAGAUUGAAGGACAGAAGAGACCGUGGAUUCAGUAUCGACACAUGCAUAGACGCCAGCGACAUGGUUGACGUUAAGGCUGAAGUCGAUAUUAGUAUAUACAACAGAGGCGAUUAUCAGUAGAUUUUGGGUGCAAAUGUAAUAGUGCAAAUGCAUUGACAAAAAAUAAUCCAUUUUCCAUAGAAUUCCUUGAAGUUUAAGUUUAAGUUUUACAUUACAGGAUACAUAGUAAUAAUAAUAUGUUUGCAUAG